AGUAUCAUUUCGAUGUUCAUUUGAAUUGGUUGGUGAUUUUUUGUUUGUUGGUAGUUCUCUUGUGCUUUAACGACGAAAAAGAAAAAAAAAUCUACUUGAUAAUUUUUUUUUGUGAAUUUUGUGAUUUGAGAAAACAAGAAUUGUCGUACGAGUGAACGGGAAUCGCAUAAGAAAUUUUUUUGACAGAUGAUUUUAGUCUCUCUUUGAAUGUUCUAUUGAUAAGUUGUGUGCAGGCAUAUAUUGUGAAACUUAGGAAGAAAAUAUUAUAUAGACAAGAGAAUAAAUUAUUUUUCAUUUGAUUUACGACUGAAAAAUUCAUUUCAUAAAUUAACGUCAACAAAAAUUUCAAAAAUAAGCCAUCAUGAAAAUUGGAAGCGGAAUCCUGAUACUUUGUGUAAUAAUUGGUUCAUCAACAUGCCGAAAAAUUGUAAUCAAAUCGAAUCCAGACAGGAAUGCUGAAUUUUUCCAAGAUAAAGACUUCACAUUUGAUCAGUCAAAAGAUGAUGGAAAGAAGCCAACAAAUUUUGCAGGAGAUGUCAUGAAGUCAAAGACCGUUGUAUCAGAGAACGUUCAGGGCAGAAAGAGUUUCAAGUUUGCAUUGGGAACACAAAACGGCAUCGAAAUUGAGCAAGUGGGAAGACUUAAGCCAGACAACAAAACACUUGUUGUUAAGGGCUCUUAUUCAUAUACAGGUGCCGAUGGUCGACGAUAUAGAGUUCGUUAUACCGCCGAUGAGCUUGGUUUCCAUCCUAUUACAGAACUUGAGGUCGAAAUUCCAGAUAUUGUAACAACAACAAAGAAUCCUUUCAGUAAAUCAAAUUUCCCAAAUAAGCGUUAUCUUCCUCCAUCAAACUCAUACUUGCCACCAUCAAACACAUAUUUACCACCAAGUAAUACAUAUUUACCACCCUCAAAUGUAAAUGCAAGAAAUAUAGAGCUACCAUAUAAUACAGUGUGAGACAUCAACUCAAUAUUUUUAAUUAAAAUGAAACAAAAAAUGACUUUUUCUCUUUUUUCAUAUGCAUGCAUUUUAUAUUAUUAAUUUUUAUUUUUUAUUACAACUUUCGUCUUAAUUUAUAAAAUUGAUUAUAAAUAAAGAUUUAAAUAAAAUUGUGUUUAAGGCUUUAGGUAAGACAGAGACAUCAACAAUUUGAAUAACUACACAUGUACACACUCUCAACGUUAAAAACUGAAAGAUGAAAAAUAAAAAUUAAGAGAUUUUUUUUCUAUGAAAAA